AGCAUGCCUACUGAUGCAGAAAUGGCAGAUUUCUAUGAAGUAGCAGUGUCGAUGUUGGCUGACGCAGGUUUUAGUAGGUACGAGGUGUCCAAUUUUGCCAGAAAUGGAGCAGAAAGUACUCACAACAACAGUUACUGGAAUGGAACACAAUAUAUUGGUAUUGGUCCAGGUGCUCAUGGCCGUUUUGUGGCACAGCAGGUGGCAUCUCACAGUCGAGAAGCACGGAUUCAGACUUUAGAACCAGAUGUGUGGAUGAAAGAAGUAGAAUGUUAUGGACAUGGAACCAGAAAAAUCGUAGUUCAGUUCCAGUUAGAAAUGUUAGAAGAAUAUUUAAUGACUGGACUAAGAACUGCCAGAGGGAUAAAUAAUCGGCAAUGGUGUAUAUUUUCUGGUGGAGCCACUCUUACAGAUGUACUGAGUCACUCGGUGCUACUAGAGGAACACGUAAGAAACAAGUUGUUACAGUUUGAUGGAAGGAAUCUUAGAGCGACUGCUGCAGGAAUGAUAGUUGCCGAUAGUCUCACCCUAGACCUUAUUCCUAGUCUCCAAGAGUAUUUUAAUAAACAAUCAUCUCUUAGUCACGGCUCCAAGUUUACUAGAUAGUCACACCCAUGAUGCUGUGCUUACUGUUCAAGAAGAUCUGUAAUGAGAUGAUCUUCUUAAGAACAUAAAUUGAGGUCUUCAGUGUUAAUGUUAACAUUACAGUUUGGUGAAUUGUUUAACAGUAUUCCUUAAGUAAUAACUUCAAGUAUCUUAGUUUUAUAAUGCCUAAAAGUAUAUUUCUGAAUCAAACUCUUCUCAGAAAUGCUUUAAUUGUAACUGGUUAUCCAAAAAUUUGCCAUCUGGUGUCUGUUCAACUUAUAUGUGUAUUAUGUAAUAAAUAUGUUGGAGAUUUACCA